AUGCAGCAGAUCGCACAUCGUGCGUCAGAAGACUCCCGCACAUCAUCCUCGGCCUUAGAGUCUGGGCGGCCUCUGCGUGGAUCGUCAAAGCUGUCCAUGGACUCCAAGGGACCCGUCCAUUCCCCUCCAAGAGCAAAGCAGCCCUUGAUGCCCUUGGAGUCGGAUUUGAUCGCGCUCGGAAGUGAGGCAGGGGCCUCGCCGACUCCGAGCCCUUGGGCUUCUGAAGACGGCUUGCCACCACCAGCUGGCCGCUCACCAAAGGGAACGCCCAAGACAUCGCCCAAGAGCUCCCCGAAGAUGAUGAAGGCUGGAAGCCUGGGCAACCUUCGGGAGAAAUCCCCCACGUUGCAGGUUCGGGCGCUCCCGUCCCCGUCCGAAUCCAAGAAGCUGACGUUGCCCAGGACUUGGACUGACUCAAGGCUACCCCGAGAGGCUGAGCCUAAAGUACUGGACAGACCAAGCACAUCCGAGCUCAAAAGCAAGUCACCUCGAGCUGAGAAGACCUUGCUUGAGAUGGAGCUGCUGCUGAGCAAGGGUGACCCCAAGCCAGUGAACAGGCUUCUGCCUGGCAUUGAGAGGAAGCCCUCUCGUGAAGUAUCCGAGCCGAUGGGAUCACGCCCACCGUCCCGGGCAGGGUCCAAGCAGAUGCACAGUGGAAGGACCUCAUCCAAGAGUGUUUCGGACCAGUCGCUGGGCCACCUGCCGAACCACAAGGAACUCUCGCGCGCGGCAACCUCUGAGUCUCCGCUUCUGUCCUAG